UCUGCUCCGUCCUUCCUUCCGCUCCGCCGGGUGCCAUGGUGCCGGGGCCCCGGGCGGCCGCCGCCCUGCUGGCGGUGCUAUGCGCGGGCUGCGCGCUGCGCCCUGGGCGCGCCCAGUACGAGCGCUACAGCUUCCGCAGCUUCCCGCGGGAUGAACUGAUGCCGCUCGAAUCUGCCUACAGGCACGCGCUGGACCAGUACAGCAGCGAGCACUGGGCCGAGAGCGUGGGUUACUUGGAGAUCAGCCUACGGCUGCACCGCCUGCUGCGGGACAGCGAGGCCUUCUGCCAUCGUAACUGCAGCGUGGCGCCGCAGGGCGAAGCCUCCGCUGCUCUGCUGCGCUACCCGGAGCUGCGCCUUUUCGGGGACCUGCUGCGCCGCGCUCACUGCCUCAAACGCUGCAAGCAGGGCCUACCGGCCUUCCGCCAGUCGCAGCCCAGCCGCGAAGUGCUGGCCGACUUCCAGCGCCGCGAGCCCUACAAGUUUCUGCAGUUCGCCUACUUCAAGGCAAAUAAUCUCCCAAAAGCCAUCGCAGCAGCUCACACGUUUCUCCUGAAGCAUCCGGAUGAUGAGAUGAUGAAGAGGAACAUGGCCUAUUAUAAGAGCUUGCCUGGUGCCGAGGACCACAUCAAAGACCUGGAAACUAAGUCGUAUGAGAGCCUGUUCAUCCGCGCCGUGCGGGCGUACAAUGGCGAGAACUGGAGGACGUCCAUCACGGACAUGGAGCUGGCCCUGCCUGACUUCUUCAAAGCCUUCUAUGAGUGCCUUGCGGCCUGCGAGGGCUCCAGGGAGAUCAUAGACUUCAAGGACUUCUACCUCUCCAUAGCAGAUCAUUAUAUAGAAGUUCUGGAAUGUAAGAUACAGUGUGAAGAGAACCUCACCCCGGUGAUUGGAGGCUACCCAGUGGAGAAGUUUGUGGCCACCAUGUAUCAUUAUUUGCAGUUUGCUUAUUAUAAGUUGAAUGACCUGAAGAAUGCUGCCCCGUGUGCAGUCAGCUACCUGCUCUUUGACAAGCACGACAGUGUCAUGCAACAAAACCUAGUGUAUUACCAGUACCACAGGGACAAGUGGGGCCUCUCGGACGAGCACUUCCAGCCCAGACAGGAAGCGGUUCAGUUCUUCAACGUGACGACACUACAGAAGGAGCUGUAUGGCUUUGCCAAGGAGCACAUCAUGGACGAUGAUGAGGGAGAAGUCGUGGAGUACGUGGAUGACCUCUUGGCACUGGAGGAGACCAGCUGAGUCCCCAGCGGCAGGCAGGACACACAGAUUCUUCAUCCUCUCUUCCCAGUAGCCCGGGUGGUCGAUACCUCAGAGCCUUCCCUUUACAAGGUGAAAGGGAAGACCCAUCACUCUUACCAUGUGGAACCGGGAGAGCCCGUGUUUGCACCUGUCUUCCCAUCUCCCCAUCUUCAAACCUGUCUUCCUUUUUUGUCAUCUUCCUGUCUUCCCACCUGUCUUCCCCACUUUGGCUGGAGGGACAGUCCUACCCUGUCUCUUCCCUACCAAGAAAAUCAGUAUUAUAAUUUCUUAAAUAAGAAAAAGAAACCCAAAAAAUGGUAAUUGUGCCAACCUAUUUUGGCCUCUCUGCUCUUCCAAUUUUAGUCAUAAGUAUAUAAGUACCCCCGUUUUAUUAUAAAAGAAAAAAAGCUAAGUUUAUUAUGGU